AGCAGUAGUAGCAGUAGUAGUAGUAGUAGUAGUGUAACUAGUACUACAAGAUGGCGGAGCUGGAAAGCUUGGAGUUUGGGAAAUCUGACUUUAUUUUACUGGAUGAAGUGACAAUGGAACAGUUUAUGGAGAAUUUAAAGUUAAGAUUUGAAAAAGGUCGUAUCUACACGUUUAUCGGGGAGGUGGUAGUGUCGGUAAAUCCGUACAGACAGAUGGACAUUUAUGGCACCGACACGAUCGACGCGUACAGAGGUCGCGAACUGUACGAGAACCCGCCCCAUCUGUACUCUGUGUCCGACGCCGCGUACAAGGCCAUGAAGAGGAGGGCCAAAGACACAUGCAUCGUUAUAUCAGGAGAGAGUGGAGCUGGAAAAACAGAGGCCAGUAAAUACAUCAUGCAAUACAUUGCAGCCAUCACCAACCCCAGCAUGAGAGAGGAGGUGGAGAGGGUGAAGAAUGUUCUGCUGAAAUCCAACUGUGUUCUCGAGGCUUUUGGAAACGCCAAAACAAACCGAAACGAUAACUCCAGUCGCUUUGGGAAAUACAUGGACGUCAACUUUAACUUCAACGGAGACCCAACCGGAGGGCACAUCAACAACUACUUGCUCGAAAAGUCCCGAGUAAUUCAGCAGCAGCCAGGAGAGAGGAACUUCCACUCAUUCUACCAGUUACUUCGAGGAGAUUCUGAAGAGGUCCUUCGGUCUCUGCACCUACAGAACGAUCCUGCGCUUUACACAUACACCAGAGAGGGCGCUGCAGCUACUACUUCGAACAAUGACUGUUUGAGCCACAAGGCGGUGCGGCAUGCGCUGCAGGUGAUCGGCUUCACAGAAAAAGAGAUCAGCUCCAUCUACGAGACUCUGGCCACGAUUCUGCUUCUGGGUAACCUCCAGUUUGAGAGUGAGGCUGAGUCUGUCUUUGUCUCCACUCCUGAGUUUCUGGUUCAUAUCUCGGCUCUGACUCACACCGACCCGGGUUCCCUCAGGACCAGCCUGCUGUGCCGAACCGUGGCCACAGGGGGUGGCGAUGUCAUCCAGAAGGAGCACUCUGAACAGGAGGCCUCCUUCGGAAGAGAUGCGUUCGCAAAGGCCUUAUACGAGAGAUUGUUCGCUUGGAUCGUCGGUCGCAUCAACAGCAUCAUCGAGGUCAAAAACUACAACCCAGUGCUUCAUGGAAAAAACACUGUCAUCGGAGUCCUGGACAUCUACGGCUUUGAGAUCUUUGAAAACAACAGUUUUGAGCAGUUUUGUAUAAACUAUUGUAAUGAGAAACUACAGCACCUGUUCAUCGAGCUGAUUCUGCAGCAGGAGCAGGAGGAGUACGAGAGAGAAGGAAUUGUCUGGGAACAUAUCGAUUACUGUGAUAACCAGAUCAUUGUGGAUCUGGUGGAGCAGCAGCACCGAGGAAUCAUCUCCAUCCUGGAUGAGGCCUGUCUUAAUGUGGGACAAGUCACCGAUACAAUCUGUCUUCAAAGCAUGGACAACAAGCUCUCCCAGCACCCACACUACAUGUCCAGACAGUUGAACCCAUCAGAUAAAAGCCUGGAGUUCCAGAAGCAUUUCAGGAUACAGCACUAUGCAGGAGAAGUCACAUAUUCCAUUGAAGGAUUCUUGGACAAAAACAAAGACCCGCUGUUUCAGGAUUUCAAACGGCUCAUGUUCAACAGCUCAAACGCAGUGCUGCAGCAGAUGUGGCCUGAUGGUCAGAUGAGCAUCACUGAGGUCACCAAACGCCCUCAGACUGCAGCCACGCUCUUCAAAAACUCCAUCAUCGCCCUGGUCGACAAACUGGCAUGCAAGGAGCCUUACUACGUGCGCUGUAUUAAACCCAAUGAGCUGAAGUCCUCAGUGAUCUUUGAUGAUGCUCGCUGCAGACACCAGGUGGCAUACUUGGGUCUGUUGGAGAACGUGAUGGUGCGGAGAGCAGGAUUCGCCUACAGACAGCCCUACGAGAGGUUUCUGCAGAGAUAUAAGAUGACUUGCGAAUACACAUGGCCGAACCACCUGAUGUCAAAUGACAGAGAGGCAGUGAAGGCCAUAGUCUCUCAGCACGGCUUUGACCAGGACGUGGAGUAUGGGAGGACCAAAUUGUUUGUCCGGUCUCCACGAUCGCUCUUCAGUUUGGAGCAGGAGAGGAACCAGCUCAUCCCCAUACUAGUGCUGUUUCUGCAGAAGGUGUGGCGCGGUGCUUUGGCCCGGAUGCGCUGCCGUAGGAUGAGGGCCAUAUACAGCAUCAUGCGCUGUUACAAACGCUACAAAGUGAAGGCGCACUUCUGGGAGGUGGAGCGCCGCUUCGCUAACGUGCGAAGUAUGAGCGAUUAUGGGCGGAGCUUAGAGUGGCCCCAGCCUCCAGCAGCACUCAGCCGAUUCCACAAGAUCACUGUAAUUCUGUACAAGAGGUGGUGGGCUCGACAGGUGGUUAAAAACAUCCCCCCCUCAGACAUGCAAGAGGUUCGGUCUAAAGUAGCUGCCUUCUCUGCUCUGAGUAAAGAAAGAAAGGACUGGGGAAUACCAAGAGCCUGGGAGAGGGACUACCUCAGUAAUACCAGAGACAGUCCUCAGACCUGCUCCGGUUACAUCCAGUUUUAUAAAGAACUCAAGAACAAAAACGAGUUCAACCAAGUCUUGUUCUCUGCAUUCUGUCGCAAGGUGAACCGCUUUAAUAAGAGCUCGGACCGUGCUCUGCUGCUCACUGAUAAAUACAUCUACAAACUGGAGCCAAAGCGACAUUUUAAGAUUCUGAAGAGGGUGCCACUGGACAUGCUGACCGGUGUGAGUGUGACCUCCGGGGCUGACCAGAUGGUAGUGCUGCACAGUUUCUCUCAGGAUGAUUUCUUGCUGUGCCUGCAGGGGGGGCUGCUGAGUCCAAACCAGGACAGAGUGGGAGAACUGGUGGGCAGCCUGGUGCACCAUUUCACCAGGGUGCGUAAGGUCCCAUUCCCGGUGAAUGUCUGCAGCUCCUCUGUCCAGCUUCACAUGAGAGGCAAACCCAAAACUGUCACCGUGGAAACCAGACCCUCCAUCAACAUGGCUGACUUCAAGAAGACCAAAGACGGGUUUAUACUUGUCUGUCCGGCAAACUGACUCAAACUACUACCACCAAGUGUACUGGAAACUGUAUUAGAGGGGCUGAGGUCGUUAGAAUUAAAGGCCCAAAAUGUGUGUCCCUGCUGAGGGGGAUAGAGUAUCCAGAAAUUGUACUCAAAUAAGAGUAAUGUUACUUUAAAAUAAUAUUACUGUAUUUUCUGGACUAUACGUUGCUCCGGAGUAUAAGGCGCACCAGCCAAAAAUGUGUAAUAAUGAAGAAAAAACCAUAUAUAAGUUGCACUGGACUAUAACUUUAUUUAUUUUACAAAAUCCUAGACCAAGAAAAGACAUUUUAUCUUUAAAGGCAAGUUCUAAUAAUAACAAUAAAAUAGAGAAUACGUGUCUGGUAAGAUAUUAACAGUUAAUGAGAUAACUAAAGCAUAAAAAACAAGCUAACAAGUUUACUCUGGAUCUCACUCCAAAUCACUAAAUCCACUGAAUUCUUCUUCCUCUGUGUCGCUUCUGAACAACUCCUCCAACUCGGGAGGUAAAUGAAGCACCGCUUCUUCUUCUGCCUGGCUGUCAUCAGACUCGGCAGAAUACCAUUUUCUUUUAGGGGCAUUUUUGUUCAGUCUUUCUCAGAUGGCUUUUAAAUUACCAUAAUGUUGAAAUUUUAAAUGUUUAGUGGUGUGCAGUGGAGUGCACUCGCGCAGAUGUCAGUGUGACAAUAAUGAAAAGGUGAAAUUAUAUAUUUUAAUAAUUUCACAUAUAAAUCACAUCUGAGUAUAAGUUGCACCCCAGGACAAACUAUGAAAAAAGUGCAAUUUAUAAUCUGGAAAAGUAGAAAUGUAAAGUAGUGGUCCAUGAAAUUACUCAAGCAAGAGCAAAAAAGUACUGUGGUCCCUCGCUAUAUCAUGGUCCACCUUUCGUGGCCUUGCAGUUUUGCAGAUUUUUUUUUUUACAUGCUUCUUUUUACAGUGUAUGAACGUGCAUUGUGUUGGGCAUCCUGAUUGGCUAAGGGACUGUUGACCAUUGUCAAUUAGUCUCCUCUGUGCCGUGUCUCCUGUACAGUUCAGCCAAAUUUAUAAAUGUUGGAUCACAAUGUAACUCUGAAGUGCUGUAAGUUUGCAAGUUUUCUCCCCAACAAAACUCACAAUGUCGAUGAAAUGUUCUGCAGCAACAAAGGCGCCUACGAAGGUUUGAACUUUGAGAGAGUUUAAACAAGAGAGAAAUGUGAGAAAAUGUUAAUGCCUGUCUGAAAAAAACUGUAUAAAGUGUGUGGUGAGGGGUUUUACAGCCUUAAAACAUAUAUAAUAAUUGUAAAAAAUUUAACUGACUACUUCGCGGAUUUUGCCUAUUGCGGGUUAUUUUUUGAACGUAAUCCCUGCGAUAAACUAGGGACCACUGAAUUUAAGAAAUCUACCGCUCUAGUAAGAAUAACUUAAAGAGUAACUCUCGGGACAUAACAUCUGAUUUAAGUUAAAGUUAACGGACAAAACAUUAAAUAAUGCACAAAAUCUGACACUUUAAAAGGAUAGAUACAAAAAUGAAACAAACUGAACCAUAUCUGAAGGAGCCGUGCAAGAAACACAAAUAUUAGCUCAUUUCUUAAACAUAAAGUACUCCCCACCUCUGUGCCCGGGUGGAUGCCUUUUCCAAUCUCACCAAUGCACAUGCUCAAGUGGUGCAGUGGGUAAAAAUGAACCCUCUCACUAGAAGGCUGUCAGUUCAAACUCUUCCCAUUCAAACUCUGUAACUGAGUCCCUGGUCAAGACACCUUGAUUAUUUGCACUGUGUUGUUGCAGUAGAUAAGUGUUAACCUUGUCACCAGAAGGUAGUCAGUUCUCCCUCGUACAUUGUCUUCACCUCUGUUACACACUCCAGCCUCAUUAAUGUGGCUAACUGCAAGAGGAAGGGCAUCUGGCAUAAAAAUCUGCCAAUCAAAGUUCCAUCCAUCCAUCCAUUUUCUUCCGCUUAUCCGGGGCCGGGUCGCGGGGGCAGCAGUCUAAGCAGGGACUCCCAGACUUCCCUCACCCCGGACACGUCCUCCAGCUCCUCCAGUGGGAUUCCACGUCCCCAGAGCUAGUCUCCAUGUCCGGAGAUCCGGUCGUCGAGGUCCCCGCCUUCGACUGCCGCCCGGAUCUCUCUGCACCCGCCCCGCAUGGCUCCUCCCGCAGGUGGUGGGUCCACGGGAGGACGGCCCCACGUCGUUCCUUCGGGCUGGGCCCGACCAGGCUCCGUGGGGGAAAGGCCUGGCCACCAGGCGCUCGCUGCCGAGCACCCACCCCAGGCCUGGCUCCAGGGUGGGGCCCCGGUAACGCCAGUCCGGGCGACGUAACUGGCCUUGAUCAAGGCCAAUCAAAGUUAAAUUUUAUAUUUUAAUAUCAUUUUAUCUCUUAAUUCUGU